AUGACGUUUCACGGAUCUGAUAUCGGCUCCACCAUCGCGUUCGAAAUCCACAACAACUACUUUUACGCUGUCUCUAACCAGGGCACCUUUGAAGUUGAGGAGAUCGAUUAUACUUCUUUCUACCAUGUGGUCCGUUUUCCGCUGGACAAACCAGAUGACGUUCAGAAAGACGAGCGCCUCUUUCGUCGACAGCACAAGCAAGGACCAAUCCACGACUCAUGGACCGAUCUUGCACUACAGCUUGAUGAGCGUACAAACGAGACGGUGAUUGUGGAGUCGCGUCGAGAAUGGGCUCAAGCAUCUUCUCGCCAGUCGCGCACCUUCUACGUCACUAAGAUGGACUUUCAAGAAGAGGACGACACCGAGGAACUAUCGGAUGAACUACUUGGGCCUGAGGAUGAUCUCUUCCUCCCGCUCAUAGAUUCAUCGAAUAACCCCCAAUGGAAACCAACACCCGAUCUCUACAGCUGGAGCCAACACCCCGAGUUCUCCCCAACAGAUCCUUCACCCCGUUCCUUCACCCUAUCCCGAACAAAAUUCCGAGCCUACAGCUACCCGUGCACCUCCUUCGUCGAUCUAGUCGAAGACGACCGCUGCUGCAACAACAACCCCUCGCAAGCACCAUGCCUCAGACUGCGAAUAGGAUCACGCCGCGAACUAGGCCUCUCCUUCACUUCCACUCACAACCGCACCAUCAACAGCAAAGGAAAAGCCCCCAUCGACGACACCAGGCCCUCUUUUGUGGACACGCAAACACUCUACCGCCAGUCGCCCGUCCGCAUGUGGCCUCCUUCCUCGUCGCGUUGCGCCUGCUCAGCUCGCCUGCACAGCAUACUCAACCCAACACUCUCCACCACUAACACAACUUCCUCCACCACACGAAGCGUGACCGGCGUCCUCGACUCCCAACGCCUAGUCUUCAUGAUCAAACCAGGGCGCUCUUACGGCUCCAACGAAGACAACACAUCGGGCAGCAUCGUGGUCAUAGAUUUCUCCCGUCCGGUCACAUCUGCGAACCCGGCACCCUCAGCAUCAAGCUCAUCGUCACUAGCACUGCGGCCAUCGUCGCUGGCACGCUGCGAUAGUAAGAUGGGCGAUGAGUUGGUGACGCCAAAGAGGUGUGUUGACCCGUUGGUCUGGCAUUGGUCGGAUGAUUCAAAGGGGCGCUGCAGGCGAGGCACGUGUCAGUGA